GUUGGAUAACGCCGUUGAGGGGCGCCGAUUCUCUCGUGCGACAGGACGGGCCUCGUCCCAAUCUCUCCAAACAUGAACAUCAUCGGCAGAUUCCGAUUUUCGUUUUCAGCAUGCUGAUGGUGGGUUGGGUAGUGCUGUUGCUCCAAGGGGUCGGCAUGGCGUGGGCAGCCUCCGAGGCAAUGUUCCCCUCCGUGGACGACGUCGUCAACUGGAACGCCGCGCACGCUGCCGUGCUGCCCCCCGACUUCCACCCCCCGGUGGACGACGCCGCGUGGCUAUCGUGCAUGCUUUGCCGAAGUACGGCCACGUACAUUGACCAGGUGCGCCGCCUGCCAGUGUCGUGCCCCACGCUGAUCGGGGGGGUCGACUUGACGUGCAAGUGGCUGGCCCGGAACAAAUCGUCUCCGGCGUGCCACAACCUCACGGACAAUACCAUGGCUAUCAAGGAGUCGCUCCAGAGAGGGGACAGCGUGGGGAAGAUUUGCCACUAUCAAUUGCCCAUGUGUCGUAAGCAUGACGUUCCUGCUCGCCUGCAGCCAACCAUCGAGCCCAGUGAUGCCAUGCUUGGAGGGUACCACCCCAAGUGCAUGCAGUGCUGGGUGGUUGUGCACUAUGUGAACGCCACCCGACGCCAUCGGGACCUUCCCGUGAAAGCCGUACAAAUUGGCACGCAAAUCGUGUGCGAGAGAGGUCGCCCGCAUCGCGAUGGCUGUCGGGGAUUGACGCACCACGUGCCCGCGAUUCUGGCGGGACUGAAGAAUGGGUCGACGACUAUGGCCCUGUGCCGACGCAUGCAUUAUUGCCCAGGACACGGUCCACAUCAUGAUAUUCCUCCUCAUGCGAUCGCGCCUCCGCGCUACUAUCCAACACCGGAACCCAAUCGAGACUCGAACACUGCCAUGGAGGAACAAAUGGCGCCGCCGAAGGUGGAGACGGCAGUCGGGACUGGAAUUGGAUUGGCGUGUGCAAUCAUGGCUUUGGUGGCGCUGCUCUACUGUGCGUUUGCCAAGCCCUAUCACGUGAACCCUACAAGUGCCUACCUUGCCGUGCCUCAUGAAGAGUAGGCCAAUGCAACGGAUAUAUUCUGAGUAACGUGAACGUUGUAAAGUA